UUCAAGAUCCAACUGAUACAGUUACUGCGAUAACCGCUUUGAAAUGUUUAUUUAAUACAACCAUGAUUUCUAUGAAUGAAAGGAUCUUUUUUUUAAUUCUGCUAAGUGUUUUUAUCACUUAAGUAAGUACUUAUAAAUAUAUUAGUUGAUAUAAUUUCCAUAGCAAUCAAUUUCAGGUUUUCAUUCGUGGUUGAGGUUUAUGGAUAGGAAACCGUUUAGCAAUGAAAUUUUUCAGUGUGAUUUUACUAUAUAUUUUUUACAUCAUAAUUCCCUUAGAUGCAAAUGAACAAAUACAGCUAAACGAAAAAAACAUCUUAUGUGACUUUAAGUUAUUUAACUUUUUUGGGAUUCCUCAGAUCACAUUACUUGAUACUCUAGUAGAUGAUUCCGAAUCGGGAUUCCAAAAUGAGUUCAUAAGGACGUGUGGUUUAGAUCAAGCACUUGUAAUUAUCAAAGUUAGCAAUCUAGAUAUUUUGCGUCCCCCUUUUGACAUAGGGGAUCUCCCCUAUAGAUUAACGAAUUACGUGCUGUUCCUCAAUACAUUUUCGAUUGAAAAACUACCGAGACAUUUCCUUCCGUCCAAGUGGUCGUUGCUUUUUAUAAUCAUAGAUAUCAAAGAUGACCAAUUUCAGUGUGAAAAUGGGAAAUUCGAAGAAAAGUCACUGUUGCAAAUAGAAUGGUUUCUAAACAGCGUAUGGCACCGUGAUCAGAUGAUGUUUGCCUUAUUAUGGAUGCCUUAUACCUGCUCAGACUACGUUAUUACUUUCAACAGCACCAAAUAUACAGCAGCUCCACUUUACAACAGAACCAUUACAGUCGUUUAUAAAGAUGACAUUUACACAUCUAUCAGCGAUCAAAGUCGCAAUUCGCAUAAAUUAUCAACAAAUUUUCCGUUGAAAGCAAACAUUUUCCCCCGUUUCCCAACAUCGAUUCAAACUUGUACGAAUUUAGACAAUUACAUGAUUACAAAUCUGGAGUACAGCGGCGGGUACUGCGGGCUGGACGGCAUUAUUCUCGGGGAAGCCGUGAAGCUGUUUGGGUUCAACAUGUCGGUGGUUGGCGAGCAGUCGUUCGGCUACAUGGACGCCGCCGGCACUCCGUCGGGCAGCCUCAAGGACGUGGUGGAGGGCGUGGCCGACGUAUCCUUCGCCUCCAGGUUCCAGCUCCCGUUCCGAAACGUGGACUUUCUAUUCUUCGUGUGGACAGACUGCAUUUGCGCAAUCGUGAAAAGACCCAAAGAACGACCUGUGUGGUACUUCCCUUAUGAAGCGUUCAAAUUAAGAGUUUGGUUUGUUAUACUCGGAACUUUGACUUGCGCAGGAGUUUUCUCUUGGGUUAAAUCGAUAGUCGUGUCAAAGAGACCGGGAAUGAAGGUUUGUGAGAGGAGUUCGCUGCUGUAUUACAUACUGGACGCUGUUACCACAGGUCUUUUUGGGUUUAUUCUGAUAAAGAGAGUCACAUGCAUCUUGAUGAAAGUGACUUGUCUACUGGGUUCAAUCAUACUUGCAGCCACUUAUCAAGGCCACGUGAACUUCGUGUUCACGACGCUCACCCACUUCGACCCGGUGGACUCUCAGCUGGAGCUGUACCGGCAGGGCUACACCAUCUACACCUCGCCAGGAGUAAAGACCCUCAUCGAGCCCCCCGUCAACGAGGUCCAGGACCUCCUGCUCAAGAACCGACUCAUAACCUCCAAUGAAGACGAUGGUUUCCAAUCAGUCCUGCGGUACAGAAAAGCGGCUACUUUGAGGAGGAAGUCUGAUUUUGUGCUCGAGUCUCGGAUGAGUUAUUUGGACGAGGAUUCGGAGUUCCUGUUCAGAGUGGUGGAGGAGUCCUUCCGGUGCCAAUAUUUGUCGUACAUAUCUACUGAUGGAUUUCUCUUCGAGGAUCACCUACGACUGUUUAUGGCGCGCAUGGUGGAAGCCGGUCUACCGUCCAUGUACUACAAGUGGACUUACAACUCAUUAGGGCUAGGAGACGCCGUGUCGAGCCCCAGCACCAAGCCUCGUCCCGUGGCUAAGGUUGAACUGACAGACUUGAGGAUCGUGUUUGGGCUGCUCUUCGCCGGGCAGGCGUUGGCCGUUUGUACCUUUGUUUUGGAGGUUUACUGUCACAAAAGGGGUGUGAAAUGGCUGUGAGACUGGGAUAUUUCCUACCGUUUCCUACCUUCAUAUACCUACCUACUUUGUUACGUACGACGUCACGCUUAUUCACAGACACCACACAAGCGCAAUGUGUGUUGAAAGGGCCAGCUUUCGAUAAUACUACGAAAGCUCAAACGUUCUAUGUUU